UGGAUUGAAAUUUACUUGAAAAUAAACAGGAAACGAAAUACGAAUAAAAAGAAGAAAGCAUAAGAAGGUUCAUUCCAAAAACUUGUUAUGAUGAAUUACUCUUCUAACUUUAUAAGUAAACUAUGUUACUAACUGAACAAGCUGUUUUACACUCAACUCCGGAGGACUUUAGUAAUAAUACUGAGAACAUAAUUGGUGAAAGGACAAAUUCUAUAACAGAGGCAAGUAGUGUUCGUAACGUGCCAGGGGAGGAAAUUAUUAGUAAAACGACUUCAAGUCAAGAAAAAGGCAAAGAUUUUCAAAAAAAUCUAAAGCGCACUUCUCGGGCUAAAGAAUAUAUUAGCAAAGAUGAUAUAAAGGAUUCUUGUUCAAUAUGCUUACAAAACUUUACCAGUUCUGGAAAUCAUCGUCCCUUUGUUUCCCCUUGCGGGCACGUCUUUGGAGAGAACUGUCUUAAGAUGUGGGUAGUAGAAAGAAAACAGAGAACAUGCCCGCUGUGCAAGUGUAAAGUAAAUAUUAAGCGCUGCAUCACCAUUAGAGGCAUCUCCAAGGGGCUGCUUCUCUGCGAUAAAAGUGAGCUGGAGGAUCUAAAGAGAAAAUACAAAGAUUUAAAACUACAGAAGUUCGAGUCCGACUGCAAAGCUUUUGAUCUACAGCAGAGGCUCGAGGGUCUAAGAACGCAGUCUGAGUUGCUUCAACGCGAAGUUGAGCGUCUUCAGAGGUCGGCUAUUAAUUCUCUGAGCGUGAAGUGCGUCGGAUCCGUAACUGUUUCUUUGAACAGGAUGGCUCGCGUCAUGACUCUCGCGCCGCACCGGCAGGACACCGUGGCCGUCUCUUCUGAGGUGUUUGGUGAUAGAGAAAGAUGGGGUGUGUCGCUUCUGGAUCUGAGCGUAGGAGGAACCACCCGGACGACACUUUCUGUGGUGCACGAGGGCGUCAUAAGAGAUCUGAAAUUCCAGCCCUCCUCGGCCCAUCUUCUGACCGUUUCUCUGGACAAGACGGCUAAGAUAUUUGAUGUUCGAGCCUCAUCACAGCCCCUUCGGAUCUGCUUUGGUCAGAAAGCGUGGUCCUGCGCCUGGAGCGCCUAUAAUCCUAACGUUUUCUACGCUGGGCUUGCCGGAGGGCUGGUGGAGAGCUACGACAUGCGGAACCUGGCGGAUCCCCUACUCAAAGAGCAAACAAAUAGAUCGAGUGUUGUCGCUCUCUACUCGUUUGCAAAUAGAAGUCUUGUCGCUGCUGGCAUCCACGGCGUGCAGUACUACCGGCAGGAGUCGGGUUUGCUGAAAGCACAGUUGCUUAACCCUGCUAACAACGAAACUCUGAAAGGUUGCACGUGUGCCUCCGUUGGUGGAGACGAGUCCAUCAUCAUCGUCACUUACAGAGGGGGCGCUAGUAGGCCCUCCCCUUACGUCUACCAUGUGGGAUUCUCUAUCGCCAGGCUUCAGCUUGCGCAUCCCGUUUAUCAACUCACGGCGUACGACACUAAGCGGACUGUUCUAUCGAGGUCGACCUUAUUCAUAAAGGACUGUGCGCCCUACUUUUGUACGGGAAACGAAUCUGCCGAAUCGGUGGACAUUUGGGACUUGGGCCGUAGAAGAGUAGUAAGCAGUCUUAAGAUAUCGGAAAAUUCAGCGCCUUUUCUAGAUCUUAAAGCUUGGGAGAGUCCCACUUAUCACAUACUGGCUUCGCUUACGGCGUCGACUCUUUACAUAAGCAAGAUUGAGAGACCUGAGCCAAAAUCGCCGAACUACUAA